AUGACUCUCAAGAAUGACGCUUUUCCCUCAUCAGCAGCCUUUGACCUGAUCAGCGAUUCCCUUUCAUCUAGUGAUGCCGAGCGCAAAGAAGCCAUCCAAAAAGGAAAAGCAGUUCUAGGCUUCACAUUGAAGAACAAGGAAGGCAAGGAAGAUAGCUGGUAUAUCGACUUGAAAGAUACUGGGAAGGUGUCAAAAGACGUGCCGAAAAAGGUUGAUGGUAGGCUGACUUACAACAUAUAA